AUGUGCGGGUCAUACCGUGCGACAUGUCAAGCCGAACCGAGGCUGAGGACCGCCGGAGGGAAGGUGGAGCCGAGGUGUAGAGAGACACAGGGACACCGCCAGGGUCGUACCACUAAAUCGACGAAACAGAGAAUCAGGAGCCGUUGGGUGAAUGCUGGACUUGAGAGAAUGAGGAUGAGUUGUGCCUCCGGUAAUCGUGCUGGAUGGUCAGAUUUGAUGCUCACUGUGACGGAGGCUCAAUAG